UUUGAUUUUUAGGAGAGGUUUUAGAUUAAUUUGGAUGAGCAUUACGUGAAAGAUAGUUGUGAGGAUAUUCUGAAAAACAGAAGCCGACAAUGGCGCUACAAGUUAAAACAACCAUUUGAAAAUGCACGCUCUGAUGAAGAAGCUCGUAAGAUUGAAGUGCCAGAGUUGACCCCAGAAAAUUGGAAUAGGCUUUGUGACAUGUGGAUCAAUCCAGAGCAUAAGAAACGAUACGACAUAAACAAGGCCAAUCGAACUAAGCUUAAGUGUAAUCAUUUCAUGGGGUCAAAAGCGUUUGUAGCGGCUCGUGCUGAACUUGGUAAAACUAACCCUGAAGGAGUAGAGCAUGACAGAAUCGAGUUCUAUAAGCAUACUCAUUACACGAGUGAGAAAGGAUGGUCAUCUUUAGAGGCUGAGACUCACUAUAACAACAUGACAGAUUUGAAAGAUCUAUAUACAUCGGGAGAGUCUUCCAUGACUAUUGAUGAAAUUGUGGAUACUAUACUUGGUACAAAGUCGGGGUACAUAAAAGGACUUGGUUAUGGUCCAAAACCUAAUACUACAAGAUCUACACAAAGGAGAACGACAGAGUUAGAAGACUCCCUCAAAAAGGCGAAACAAGAAGCUGUUAGUGCCCAACUUGAAUUACAUAAUCGAUUAAAUGCAGCUGAAACUGUGGUAGAUAAUCAACAAUCUCAAAUACAAGACCAGCAAUCUCAAAUACAAUCAUUAAAUUCUCAAUUGAAUACUAUAGUGGCACGCCAAGAGGAAAUGUUUAGAAAAAUGCAACUUCUUUCUCGCUCAUCGCCACCAAGCAAAGAUUGAGAUCCAUCAAAAUGUCUAACUUAAGGUAUAUUUUUAUUUUUCUUUCUCCAACUUAAAGUCCAUGUUUAACAAGUUAUAGUUUAUACCUAUUAUGUUUUAUUUAUACCAUGAUAUAUUAGUUAAUACCUUACCUCAUAAAAAAGUUAGUAUGAAACAUGGCCUAUACUUUACACUUUAACUGCUUCCUAAUCUUAUUGGAUAGAGUGUAG